UUGUAAUUUUCGUUCUCCGAGACAAUAGUACAUAGCUGAUGGCUUCCUCAGUUCCAGAAAUUCACAAAAAAUGGUGACAUGUAUAUCCUCACUCACCUGCUUAACCCUCCUCCCAAAACCCCUGUUCAACCACAUAAACCUCAUCAAAAAUUUCACUUUAUUAAAAAAUUUUAAACCCCAAAAAUCCAAUUUUUAUUCACUCAUGCUCUCACCCAAAUCCUUAUCUUCUUUAUCUCUCCAUAAUUGCAGUGACCCAAAAUCAUAUUUACAAACCCCACUUGCUUCAAAUGAUGAUUUGGUGAUUCUUGGUAUUGAAACAAGUUGUGAUGACACUGCGGCUGCUGUUGUUCGAAGCAAUGGUGAUAUUCUUAGCCAAGUUGUGUCUUCCCAGGCAGAUCUGCUUGCUAAAUAUGGAGGAGUUGCUCCGAAAAUGGCAGAAGAAGCACAUUCACAAGUUAUUGAUCAGGUGGUUCAGGAAGCACUCGAUAAAGCUAAAUUGACCGAGUCAGAUCUUUCUGCAGUUGCCGUUACUAUUGGCCCUGGUUUAAGUCUUUGUCUACGUGUUGGGGUGCAGAAAGCCCGGAAACUUGCCGGGAGUCAUAGUCUUCCUCUUGUCAAUGUCCAUCAUAUGGAAGCCCAUGCUUUAGUAGUUCGGUUAACUGAAAGAGAGGUGCAGUUUCCAUUUAUGGCCCUUCUUAUAUCAGGAGGACAUAACAUCCUAAUUCUUGCACGAGAACUAGGUCAAUACUUGCAACUUGGGACUACGAUUGAUGACGCCAUUGGUGAGGCAUAUGACAAGACCGCAAAGUGGCUAGGUCUUGAUUUGAGGAGGAGUGGGGGCUUAGCUAUUGAGGAGCUUGCUCGAGAAGGAGAUGCGGGAUCCAUCAAGUUUAAAGUCCCUAUGAAGCAACAUAAAGAUUGCAAUUUUUCUUAUGCUGGCUUAAAGACUCAAGUGAGACUGGCAAUUGAAUCUAAGAAUAUUGAUGCUGAAAUCCCCAUUUCUUCAGCUAGUACUGAAGACCAGAGCUCACGAGCUGAUGUUGCAGCUUCAUUUCAGCGAGUUGCGGUAUUGCAUUUGGAAGAGAAGUGUGAGAGAGCAAUAGAAUGGGCAUUAGAGAUGGAACCUUUUAUGAAACAUUUGCAAUCUUUGUCUGCUUGUCUAAAGGUGGUCUCAGGUGGUGUGGCAUCUAAUCAGUAUGUCAGGGAUCGGUUGGAUCAGGUUGCUAAGAAGAAAGGGUUGCAGCUUGUUUGCCCUCCUCCAAGUCUUUGCACUGACAAUGGUGUCAUGGUGGCUUGGACUGGUAUUGAGCACUUUCGUGUGGGAAGAUUUGAUCCUCCACCUCCUGCGAAUGAGCUAGAAGAUGCAAGACUUGAUUUGCGGCCAAGGUGGCCACUGGGUGAAGAAUAUGCCAGAGGGAAAAGUGAGGCCAGGUCAUUGAGAACAGCUCGGAUGCAUCCUUCACUUACGUCUAUGAUCCAGGCAUCUCAACAAGAAGAAAACACGUAGCUUUUAAACAUUAGUCCAUAUAUAUAUAUAUAUAUAUAUAUAUAUAUAUAUAUGGUCACAGUGAUUAUGUUUCCGAAGCAUGAACUGUGCUAAAGAGCUCCUAGACACUUGUUCAUUAUUUUUCUUUCUCGGGGUCAGAAUUCUUGUGUAUUAUCUUAUUUACUGUUGGGUUCUUAUAUGAGUGAAGACUUCAUUUUCAUGGCU